AUGGCGGCAAAUAUUGAGUCCAGCGACGACGGCCACGCUGCCACUCGCGUCACCAGCAGGCACGAGGAUGUUCUCGUCGACGACGAGAAGCAUGUCGCCCACCACGUCGACCCCAACGCCAAAGUUUUGGCCGACUCGGAUCUUAUGAACGACGCUUUCGAUGGCGAGAACGAGGAGCACGACCAGACCCUGUGGCAGGCCGUCAAGACUCACCCCAAAGCUUGUUUCUGGGCCUUCAUCAUGUGCUUCACCAUUGUGAUGGAGUCAUUCGACAUGUUCUUAAACGGUAAUUUCGUGGCGCAGCAGGCCUUCCAAAAACGAUACGGUGUUCCCGUUCCGGGAGGUUACGCCAUCGAGACCAAGUGGCAGAGUGCGCUUUUCCAGGCCGGUCAAUGCGGUGCUUUUGUUGGUGUCUUCUUGGCUGGCCCUGUCGUGAACCGUUUCGGCUACCGCAUGGCUACCAUGAUUGCCCUGGUUCUCAUGAAUGCAACCAUCUUCAUUUCCUUUUUCGCCAACUCGCUCGAGGUCCUUACCGUCGGACAAGCAUUGGAGGGUGUCCCCUGGGGAUUCUUCAUUGCCAUCGGCCCUGCCUACGCCUCUGAGAUUGUCCCUCUCGCCCUUCGUGGUGCCUGCACGGCCACCCUGCAGAUGAGUUGGUCGAUUGGUUCCAUCAUUGUCGCCGGAGCUACUCUUGGCUACAACAAGCGAGACGACGAGUGGGCUUGGCGAGCACCUCUUGCCCUGCAAUGGAUCUUCCCGCUUCCGCUCAUGGUUAUCCUCUGGUUCGCUCCCGAGUCUCCCUGGUGGCUUAUCCGUCGCGGACGCAAGGACGAGGCUCUUCGCUCCGCCAAACGUCUCGGCCCUACCGGCGGCACCAUCGAGUAUGCUCAGCGAAAGCUUGCCAUGAUUGAGCGUACCGUCGAGAUCGAGGCCCAGAUUGGCGGCAGCCCUACCCUUCUCGACCUCUUCAAGGGCGUUGAUCUCAGACGUACCACCAUCACCUGCUUGAUGUACGCCUCGCAGAACUUCGCCGGUAACCUGAUUGCCAACCAGGCCACUUUCUUCUUUGAGCAAGCCGGCAUGUCCCACGACCGCGCGUUCGAUCUCAACCUCAUCAACUCCUGCCUCCAGCUCUUCGCCAACGGUCUCUCGUGGCCCCUCACCGCCUGGUUCGGCCGUCGUACCAUCUACCUCUGGGGCACCGUCACCAACGUCACCCUGCUCAUGAUCCUCGGUAUCUGCGCCUCCAUCAAGCAGACCAGCGCCACCAACUACGCCCAGGCCGUCCUCGGAAUCUUGAUCUCCUUCGUCUUCGCCGGCACUCUCGGUCCCAUCUCCUACACCAUCAUCGCCGAGACCUCCGCCGUCCGUCUCCGUGCCCUCAGCACCGCCGUCGGCCGCGCCGCCUACUACGUUGCCGAAAUCCCCAUGAUCUACCUCGCCUCGCAGAUGCUCAACCCCACCGGAUGGAACCUCGCCGGAAAGUGCGGUUACGUCUGGGGAGGUACCGCCAUCGUCUGCUGGGUCAUGGCCUUCUUCUUCCUUCCUGAGCUCAAGCACCGCUCUUACCGUGAGACGGACAUUCUGUUCAACCGCAGGAUUCCCGCUCGCAAGUUCAAGACUACUGUCAUCAAGGUGACGGAUAACGAGUAA